UAAACGCUAAAACUUUUAUAAGAUGUACACUAAAUUUUGUGAUUUUCAUUCCAUAAUCAUAUAAUUAUUAAAAAUUUAUAUAUUAAUAUAACACCCUUUCUCUGUCUUUCUUUUUUUCUUUUCUCUUUUUCUCUUUGAGACCCCCGUCAAAGGAAAGAUCUUUCUUAGAUUCAGUUUUUAGGCCAAAUGCAACCAUAAAGAUUCUUGAAUAAGGAAGGAAGAAUUUUUCCUCUUUGUUGUGCUGCAGUUAUUUUCUUGGAAGAAAUGCAGAAGAAGAAAAUGCAGACUUCUUGAUUUUUGGAUAGAAGAUUUAUUUUAUGCCGAGCUGUUCUUCUGGAAACUUUGUUACAAUCCAAGCUGCCAUUUCUUUUGUAAAGUUGAGGGAACUUGUGAAAAGGACUACUUGCCAACAGCUUCAUUGUAACUGUGCAAGGGAAUGGUCAUUCAGUUUGGAGAUGGAGGUCAAUAGUAGGGGUUCACUUUCCAAUGAGAAGCAAUAUCUAGAGUGCCCAACAUCUACCAAUGCAGGAAAUAAGCCUCCAGAAAAAGAAGGGAGUGUGAGCACUUCUGUGUUUGUCAAUCAUGCUGCAAAUGCUUGGCAUGAGAGUAGACGAAAGUGGAUAGGAGAGCAAUCCCAACAAUCAAAAACAAUGACUAAAGAUCCAAUCAUAAGCUGGUCAACGACGUAUGAAGAUCUGCUUUCAACUAAUGAACCCUUCUCUGAGCCUAUACCUUUACCUGAGAUGGUAGAUUUUUUAAUUGAUAUCUGGCAAGAUGAAGGCCUCUUUGAUUAAAUUUAUCUAUGGCUACAUCAUAGGCAGUGUCUUAGUCUGACCAGAGACUGAUAGAAGGUAAAGAAUACAAACCGUUGACCAGAAAUGAAGUCCGGUCUCUUGUAACUAAUUCUUCCAACUUCAAAUAUGCAGUUAAGAAAACUUCAUUAAUAUUUGAAGUUGAUACCUUCUGGACUAGUUAGCAGUCAAUUCUUUCACCUUGUCUCCUAUAGGAACUAUAAUUAAAGCUGUGAUAGUCAUUUAAAGUUUGAACAGCGCGACGGUCAUUUGUAGCAAAAAGAUAAUCUAUUCACUUUAUUUUGAACCCCUGAAGGGGAUUGUGGUUA